CCCCAUGAGAUUUCCAUGACGCUAGCCACCCAGAACGGGGGACGGAUGUGAAUUACGCCUAUGGACGCAAACCGUCUUUCAGGCUCCACCUCCUUCCUCCUUGAGAACUAAUACGACAACAACCUCAAUGGCACAAUCCCUACGGCACAUCCACCUCCCGGGCAUCGUUCCCUACUCCACAGCCGCCCGCCUGCAAGAGUCCCUUGUCUCGCGUUUUCUGGCCUCCAAACCACCCUCGAACGCGCCGGCACCGUCCUCACACAUUAUAACCGCCCAGUUCGCGCCCGUCUACACCUGCGGCCGCCGAGAGAUUGGUACAGUCUCACCAGAGCAGCAGAAGUACCUGCGCGCAGAUGGCCGCGCAGAAUUCGUCGAAGCCAUGCGCGGUGGCCAAACGACCUUCCACGGCCCAGGCCAACUCGUCGCAUAUCCUAUCAUUGACUUACGCACCCACAAACUCACGCCGCGCGACUAUGUUUGUCUCCUAGAGAAGUCACUUAUUGCUACGUGUGCAAAGUAUGGUAUCAAAGCUAUGACGACUGAGCACACGGGCGUGUGGACCAGUCCAGAUGAUAAGAUUGCGGCAAUCGGGGUGCAUAUGAGGAGGAAUAUUACGAGUCAUGGGGUAGGGCUGAAUGUGGGCACGGAUCUGUGGUGGUUUGAUAGGAUUGUUGCGUGUGGGUUGGAGGGGAAGCGGACGACUAGUUUUGAGAGGGAGGGAGUGACAGGAAAGAGCGCAGAGGAGGUGGGAGAUGCGUAUGUGAAGGAGAUCGCGGGACGGCUGUUGGGGGUCGAGGGUGUCGAUAGGGCCGGGCAAGAGCAGGUUGCAGAAUAUUUCAAGGUGUGAUCGAGGCCUCAAUCAAAGGACGACAAUCACGACACAAACAAAGACGCCUUCCCUGCAAUCCCUCAUCUGAUUCUACCGCUACCAAUAGUAGCGCAGCUUCCGGACGACAAAUUCAGGACAAUACCUUAGACAGGCGGCAGUCUCAACGGCCGCGAGAGCACCCAAGAGGAAAGAAAAAAGGCCGCCCAUGUCACACCGCAUUCAGCAAAACUCCUGCUGUAGGAUUAGACGCCUGUGACGCCUCAAAGAGAGUCAAGGAAUU